AUGAAGAGAAAAGCAGUUAAUCGGAAAAACUUUAACGUUUCGUUUUCCAUCCCUGAUGAUCGUCGCAUUCCGCAACGUAUAUUAAGCUAUGCUGACACUGAGUUUGAUAAUGAUUCAACCAUCACUAGUUUGAAUCCAGCAGCAUUGGCAAUGACGAAAGCGUUACAAAAUGCGAAAACACUGAAGAAAAGUUGGGAUUCAGAUAAGGCAUUGAAAAGCACCUAUAAAGGCUUAUUUGGUAAAUAUCAAUUACGUGUAUAUUUGUUUGUGGCUUUGGGCUAUGGUAUCGUUGCGGCAUGGUUGACCGAAAUGCCAGUGUUUGCCCUCUUACCACCGAAACAUAUCGAUUGCACGCCUUUUUAUCCUAAUCAAUCGAAUUUAACGAACCCGUUGAUGAGAAGUUCGAAUCGAUAUAAUCUAACGGAUAUACAUAAUUUCCAAAUUCGAAGAGCUGAACCUGUGUAUAACUAUACCAAUGAGCACGGGCGAACUGUACUUACAGAGUUCAAUAAAUUAUGCGAUAAGAGGCUUAUAAAAAUACCGUACAUAGUUUAUAUUCUCGGUAUGAUUCUUGGCGGAUUAAUAUUUGGUUAUAUUGCUGAUUACAGCGGAAGAAAAAUGAUUCUAUUAGGUUCAAUAUGGGCGGCUUGCGCUAUGUCACUAUUUCAGCUGUUAAGCGGUGAUUACAUAUCCUAUGUCUUUUUUAUCUUCUUUGUCGGUUUGGCGAUUGGUGCUGUGCAUGUUAUUGCUAUUCCAUAUAUUAUGGAAAUGUUCCCAAUUGAAUCUCGGGCGAUGUAUAGUUUAUCACUGUUGGGAAUUGUUUUUCUACUGGAUCUCGUGAUUCCCUGGCUUGCAAUAUUGAUUAAGAAUUGGAAGUUUUUGCAAUUGGUGAUUUCGAUGCCAUUGAUUUUCACAGCUGUAUUGUUUUGGUGCUCCGAAGAAUCAAUGUUUUGGUUCACUACUCAAAAGGAUUAUGUUUCCGCUGUUUUGUCUUUAACCAAUAUUGCUCGAUAUAAUGGUGUUGUUUUCGAAGAAGUCUUCUCUGAGGCUCGUAGUUUCCUUAGUGGAAAGCAUUCGAGAGGCAUUCAAUGUGAUUUCCAACCACUACUUCGACUAGAGGAUAUUAAAUCUCUCAGCUUGAAAUAUCCGGAUUUUGAUAUGGUAGAUUUACAAGCUACCAGUAAUAAAAAGAAAAGCUUCACCCAACGAAUCUUACAAAUAAUUACUGGCCACCACUAUUAUCCAACGUUGUCAACAUUCUAUCCUACAGAUUAUCUCCACUCGCCCAUAUUAACAAUCUAUUUACUUGUUAUGUGUGGCCUUUGGUUGGUCAGUGCGUUAACAGAAUACAGUCUUGAUAUUCCACAUCUGACGCAACAUUUGACUGAUAACUUCUUCUGGAAUUACUUUUAUACGCAUUUAAUUCAAAUUCUUUCUUUUGUUGUCGCAGUACCUUUAGUUGUUGUAUGGGGUCGACGAUGGCCAACAUUCUGCUUUUUUCUCAUUGCGGAAGUUUGCUUGCUUGGUUCGAUUGCAGUCAAAUUAGAUGAGGAACAAACACGUACGGCGAUGUUGGUUGUUUAUUUUAUCGGUAAAUUUGCCACUCGUGCAGCAUUUAUCGUUUUGAUUAUAUACACAUGUGAAAUCUUUCCGACCGGUUUAAGAUGUACAACACUUGGUAUUUGUUAUACCUUUCGAUGGAUUGGUGUUGCUCUAGCUUCGCCAGAUGUGGGUGAAGUCAAUGGAUGGAUGCCCCGACUUAUUUAUGGUAUUUUAGCGUUGAUAAUUGGCUCUCUAGCACUGCUAUUACCUGAAACAAAGAAAUUUCCAUUACCUCGAACAAUGAUACAAGUUGAAGUAAUGCCAACGUCGGUUAGUAAAAAGUUCCGUCGCCGUCGCUCCACACUCACUAAACGAUCGAUUCGACCUGAUGGCACCCAGCCCGAUGCUACCAAUGCAUUUAGUGAUUCAGGCUCGGUUUUCUCAGCUACUCGUUAUAACCGUCCAUAUGAUAACCAAUCGACAUUGCAUAGUAUUUACGAACUACAAGAAUUCGAUCAGGACGAUGCAGUUCCACCAUUCAUGAAUCGAAAUCUUUCUCGUCGAACCGAUCCACGUCAGUCAUCAGCGUAUCAGCCAUACAGUACAGUAAAUAAUGAAACAUUCCGACACCAACAAUCCAUUGCUGAAGAUGUCGAAGCUACUGACAUUGAUGAUGAUCGAAUAGGUUAUGCACACCGAUCAAAAACUCCGCUACAACAACGGAACUCACUGACGAAAUCUGCUACUUUGAUGCAUACAGACGACGACGUUAUUGUUCUACCUCCGACAACGACUGGUCGAACAUCGAUCAGUAGGCAUUCAGCAUCGGACGUACCUACCCAACUCGAAGCGACCGCACAAAUACAAGCAGGUCAUGUAACUGACGAUUCCGUAAACGUAUCGAAUGAUGACAAACUCUCUCAAUCACCUCGCUAUCAACGAACAAUGAGUCAAGAUGAGAACUAUUUUUCUGAACAUUGCUAA